AUGGAAGACUUGGAUUCAGUAAUACUCAACUUAAAAGCUUGUCUAAUAUCUACCAAAGGUGGAAUACAAUUAAGUCAAAUAGAAAAUGAAUAUUUUAAAGUAACUGGCGAACGAAUUCCAUUCAGGCAAUUGGGAUUUUCAUCAUUAGAAACCCUAAUACAGUCCUCUGGAAAGUUUACAAUUCAAAAUUAUGGUGGAAGUGUUAUUGUACAAGCGUUAGCUACUAGUAAAACACAACAUUUGACUGAGCUUAUCAAAAAACAGAAAUCAAAACCACCAAAAAAAAAACCAUUUAUAGGUUUUAAAAAUGCUCCGAGAAAAUUUGGUUCUUCAAAUACUUAUAACGGCUAUAACAGACCUAAACAGCCACUAAGACAAGGAAAUAGUGGCUUGAAUUAUGGACCUCCUCGAAACAACUAUCAAGGUACUUCUAUUCCUAAUUACACCAACACUUAUAAUAAAACACAGUCAACACAUAGUGAUAACAGGCAUAAUAAAUUCAAUAAUUAUGAGCCAAAAACAUUUGAUCAGAAUAAUUAUAAAAAGCCUCAGUUUCCUAUAAACAACUAUAGUGAUAAUACUAAGAACUAUAAUGGAAACUUACAAUUAAAUUCUGAUGUAUGUUUGCCUGAAACUAAAACUUUGAAUAAUCUAUCCAAUGAUAAUAGAAAAAAUGAGGUUAAAUCAGUUCCAAUUAAACAUGACAUAAAUGUAUUCAAUGAAAAUACCAACAAUUAUAAUAAAUUGGAACAAAUUCCACUUACUAGCAGUUGCAGUAGCUUAGAAUCAACAUAUAGUUCUAGUUCUGCUAGUUACAAACCUAAGCAUUCAUCACCGGACAAACUCCAAACAGGAGAUACAGCCAAUAUAAAUAACAAAGAUACAAUUACAAAAAAUAGCAUGCAGGAGAAUAAUAGUGAAUUCAAGAAAUCAUCACAUAAAUCUAUUCAGAAGUUUCCAUCAAUACAAAACAUGCCACCUAUAAAAAUGUCCACUGCACAAAGCAGACUUGAAAAAUAUCCUAAAAAAUGUGAAGAACAAAUUAAGGUUGAUGUAGAAAGCAAAUUAGAAAAACCAUGUGCUGCAGCGACAGAUUUGAUAAUUGAAGUUGAAGACCCUAAACAUGAGGUGUUUGAAGAAGAUAAGGACUAUAUUAACGAAUUAGAAACAUAUUUAAAACAUUUAAAUUUAUGCGAACCAUAUUAUGAGUACAUGGCGAAAAAAGAAAAAUCUGGGAAAAUACUUAAAAUAACGCACAUUUGUACAAUUAAGGUAAAUGAAAAAAGUGUGGGUAGUUCUUUCCCAGUUGAUUGUAAUACAAUCGAUUAUGCACAAAAAGUUGCUGCAAAACACGCAUUAACUGCUUUAAAAAAGCAAUAUGGGGAAAGUGUUAUUUACCCAAUUACUAAUGAUAUUAAUACAAUGGCAUCUUGCGUUAAAACGCUUUUAAAACGAGGUUAUGAAACUACUGGCGUUAUGGGUGAUCUCUUAGAACGUAUGUAUAGAGAGGAAUUUCAUGAAAACUUGCCUGAUAAUUGGGAUCAGCUUCUAGGAGUUUUUAGUUACUUCACAUUUGAUAAGAUAGCAGCUGCUAAUAAACUCGUUAUAUAUCUUAAUGAAAUUGAGAAUAAUCAACAAAAUGGUCAUGAAUAUACAAAUAAAGAUUUUGCAGAAGAACAAAACUUUGUUCCGGGUACACCAUUAUUAUUUGAAGACUACACGGAAAAAACCGUUCUCGUUUCUGCUAACUAUGGUUCAGCUAAUGUUUGGGUCCGUUUGGUUGGACAGAGUGCAGAUGAAAACUUUAUUCAAAUGCAAGCAAAAUUUAAUGACACAAUGAACACAGCAGGGUUAAGUAUCCCUGAUCAAGUUACUGAAGGUGAAUUUUAUGCUGUACUAUACAAUUCGUCCUGGCAUAGAGUACAAAUAUCUUCUGCUAAUAAUGAGGAUGGUACGGCUACAUGUUUUAUGAUAGACACUGGCGAGCAAUUGAACAUUGCCAAAGACCAGAUUUGUUACCUUGAACCAAUUUUUAUGAAACCUAAAACUCAGGCUAUUGAAUGUAUUUUAACUCAACUGGAUAAUUUUGGCACAUUCGAUGGUUUAAAAGAAUUAUUGGAUGAGAUGAUAUUGAAUAAAACAUUCUUCAUUGUACCAGAUUUAUUAGAAGAAGGUUGUGCAAGAGUCACUUUAUAUGAAAAAGGAAAAGUUAAUGUAAAUGACAUGAUCAUUCAAAGAUUUUUAGAAAAAACUAGUACAAAGCUUCCAUUAUUUGAGGAUCAAGCUAUUGUGGAUGGAAAUGUAUCAUCAAUUGUUGAGUCUGGCCAUUUAUAUUUACAAUUAAACAUUGACAUUGUUACAUCACUUGAAGAAAUCUUGCCAAACGAUGAAUUUUUAGACCAAGACUAUUUUUUGAAGAGCAAGGAAGAUAUUAGAAAAGACAAAGUGUACAUAACAAAGUAUGAAGCUGAUAAUAUAUGGAGCCGUGUUCAAGUUCUUGAUAUAAUCAAUGACUCUGAAGCCAAGAUAAUUUACAUAGACUAUGGCAAUAUUGCACAGUGUGAGAUUACUAAAUUAGCUGAUUUAGAAUUGUAUGAUCCGUUGAUGGCCAAGAUUGCCCCUCAGGCUAUAAAAGUAUCAAUGAAUUUUUUACCUCCAAAUACUAUGACUCCAGAUAUUGCCAACAAGAUAUUUACGAUAAUUGGGAAUGAUACAGUUUUAGUGAAUACAGUUAAUGCACCUAAUAACGAUGUGCCAUGUGUUCAACUUUAUAAAACCGAACCAGAUUCACCCAAUACACCAUACUGCAUUAACAUACCGUUAUAUCAAAGCUUAAAGAAACAAUGA